CGGGCGAGGCCGCAGCGGGCGGAGCUCGGCAGAUCCCCGCUGGGGGUUUGGGGUCCCACACGCGCCCCCUCCCACACGCGCACCGGGCGCCGUCCCCGCGCCCCCACCGCCAUGUUCUUCACCUGCGGCCCCAACGAGGCCAUGGUGGUGUCGGGGUUCUGCCGCAGCCCCCCCGUGAUGGUGGCGGGCGGACGGGUGUUGGUGGUGCCGUGUCUGCAGCAGAUCCAGCGCAUCUCCCUGAACACUCUGACCCUCAACGUGCGGAGCGAGAAGGUUUACACGCGCCACGGGGUCCCCAUCUCCGUCACCGGCAUCGCCCAGGUGAAGAUCCAGGGGCAGAACAAGGAGAUGCUGGCGGCCGCCUGCCAGAUGUUCCUGGGCAAAUCGGAGAGUGAGAUCGCCCAGAUCGCCCUCGAGACCCUGGAGGGCCACCAGCGGGCCAUCAUGGCCCACAUGACGGUGGAGGAGAUCUACAAGGACCGGCAGAAGUUUUCCGAGCAGGUUUUCAAGGUGGCCUCAUCAGACCUGGUGAACAUGGGCAUCAGCGUCGUCAGCUACACGCUCAAGGACAUCCACGACGACCAGGUGCCUCCUUAAUGGCCUCCUUAAUGGCCUCCUUAAUGGC